AUGUCGACUGAAAACCCAACUCCGUUCAUCUUCUCAACUGCCAUAAUCCAUACUUUGAUCCACGACAAGCUUAACAUGACAAUGGAUUGGUACACCGUGAGAGCAUGGGAGCAAAUGUCCUAUUUAUGCCCGCAGUCAAGCCAGGACCACGUCCGGGAGAUAUGGAAUCUGAUCCUCAAACCCAUCUUCCCCCCUGUAUCGACUGGCGGUAAGUCUUUCACAGUGAAGAACGAKGACGACCAAGAUAGAUUCCCCCAGAUCGCCGUUACUAAUCUGAGUGGUCGGUUUGGAACUGUCCCACUCUUCAAGGUCUAUUGCAUCGGAUUUGCUGACCCCGACACGGAUAUGUGGAAGGUCUUGGAAGACGCGGUUCAGCUCGAUCUACUCGAGGCUUCGAGUGUCUUUGAGGGAAAGCCUCGCGCAAGUCUUUUUGCAGCCAUUGCAAUUGGUCCUCUGGUUCGUUUCUACAGACUGGACGAAGAGGACUAUUUCUGCUAUGUCGAGUAUCGCGAUAAAGACGCGUAUAGCGUUCACCAGGAUUUCGAUGUCAUUGUUGAACAUCUGCUCCAGAUUCGGGGGGCUAUGGCGUGA